AUGUUAUUUACUUUUGGGUGAUCUUGGACAUUCUUGGUACUCUGUGUUGGGUUGGUUGGUUGGUUGGUUACGGGUGUUUGAGGUGGUGGGUAGGAGAAAGACAGCAUGUCUCAUGUGGGUCUAUGAGUUUCGAUUGAUUCUCUGUUCUAGGCUUGUGGAAGUGUUUACUGUUCUUCUUUUGCAGAGUUGGGUCUGUUUUAGCUUCUGUGCUUACCCGUCGGAGGUGGUUGGUCGGUGGGUUGACUCGUAUUUUGAAGGAGAUUGGGAAUUCUUUCAGAUGAUAGGAAGAGCAGAACUAACCAUGGUGAGCAUAAGGAGACGCAGACUCCUAGGAUUUUCUACUGGGAUAUGUCCUUUUAUGGUUGAGCUUCCUAAGUCUAGUGAAAAGGGAAAUAAUUCUGAAAAUGCUAUCAAGAACGCCGGAACAGUUGGUGUGCAUCAAAUGCCUUCAAAGGAUGUCAGCAAGCCAAAGGAGAUAAAUGUAUCCGGUUCUAGCUCAUCAAAAGAGGAUCAACAUCAACAAUUUUCAGGGCAAGCAAUCAAACGAAGAAAGCGACACCGGAGGAGGAAGCAUUUGGAAAAUCAAGAGCCUUGUAUGAUGAGAGGUGUCUAUUUCAAGAAUAUGAAAUGGCAGGCAGCAAUAAAAGUUGACAAGAAGCAAAUCCACUUGGGAACUGUUGGUUCACAAGAAGAAGCUGCACGUUUGUAUGACAGGGCGGCUUUUAUGUGUGGGAGAGAACCCAACUUUGAGCUCUCAGAGGAAGAGAAGCAAGAACUAAGGCAAUUCAAUUGGGAUGAGUUCUUGACGUACACUCGCAGUGCAAUUACUAGUAAAAAACACCAGAGAAGGGUUGGUCCAGUGCCUGCGAAGAAGCCUCAAAUUCCAGUGAAGAAUGACGAUUCAGACGAUGAGAAAAGAGCUGGUGGAUUUUCGGCAUCGGAGGAUAUGGAGCAAGACACAUCAAUUUCUUGAUUAUGGCGAUAUUAGGGGAGUAAGGCGAAGAAUGCUCAAUAAACCCGUCUUUAGCAAUCGGGUUUUAAUCAUUUGGCCUUUUUGUUUUUUUGUAUAUAAAUGCCCCUAUUAGGGCAGCUUAUAGUUGACUAUAUAUUUUUAGCAGACCUUGAUGCCGUAAACUAAAAUAAACAAUGUAUUUAUUUCAUCAUUAUUUAUGCUGUAGUUUCGCUUCCAUCUU